AUUUAUAUUUUUUCCCUUAAUUAAUGCAAAAUUAUUCCUUUGCAGAAAAAGGUUGCAGAGGUCAUCUACUGACCUAAUUAACAUUAAAUUGUUCAUUUUGGAAAGAGUUGUUCGUACUGUUUCUAGCUACUUCUGUGCUUCUCUUCCAUUUCUUCUCUUUAUGGCUAUGGUGAUGAGGUGAAGAGCUUAUAAUAGAACAGUACUUGCACACACACACACACAUAUAUAUAUAGCAUCCAGAUUUUUCUCUCUCAAAUGUGCAUGCAGGAGAAAACAAUUAGGUUGAUGAUGAUAGAAAGUUCAAGAAAAGAUUAUAACAAAGAAGCAACAAAACAAGAAGGUGAACAUGGAAGAAUGGAAUCAGAGAAAUUCUCCAACAAAGCAAUAGCUACAUCAAGACAAUGGACAUCAUUAAGAAAUCCAAGAAUAGUGAGAGUGUCACGUUCUUUAGGAGGAAAAGACAGACACAGCAAAGUUUGCACAAUUAGAGGAUUAAGAGACCGUAGGAUUAGGUUGUCUGUACCAACAGCAAUUCAGCUAUAUGAUCUUCAAGAUAGACUUGGUUUAAGUCAACCUAGUAAAGUUGUUGAAUGGUUAAUUGAAGCAACUCAAUCUGAUAUUGAUAAAUUACCACCACUUGAUAUUCCUCAAAGUUUCACUCAACAACAAACCCUAUUUCAGCAACCAGCAGGUAGUACUUGUUUUUCUCUUGGAGGUGGUUUUUAUGGUAUGAAUCAAACCAAAGGUAAAGAAGCUGAAAGUUCAGAAAAGGGUAAUUAUUAUAAUACUAAUAAUUCAUCAAAUGGUUUUCCUUUUCCAUAUAACUUGGAUCCUUCAAGCACUCUAUCUUUAUCACAAUUUGGAAGCCAUCAUGGUAAUUUAUUUCCUUCUUAUCAAAUAAGUACUAGUGGCAGUGGUAUGCAAUUUUCAUCAUCAUCUUCAAAUUUGACAGUACCUAAUUCAUCUGGUAAUUCACAGUUACUUUUUUGUCCUUCUGUUAUGCCAUUGCCAUCACUUUUUACUAGUACUCUUAAUGCUCCAUCAAUGGAAAGUAGUGAUAUUCAAAGACAAUCCAACCAUGUUCAGAUCUUGAACUCCUCAAGUAAUGGUUCUUUCAUUCCAACUAUUCAUCUUCCAAUAAAUUCGCCUUUUAGACGCCAUCCAACACUGUUUAGUUCCAAGCUUCUUGAUUCAGAUCAUAAUAUAUAACACCAGAAAUGGGUAGUUAUGGUAGUACUUUUGUUGUUCUUUGAUGCUCCAUUCUAUGCCUUAUGCAUAUAUAGGACGAGAAACAGUGCUUCUAAUUUAUAUUUCUCAAACUAGUAUAUGUGUAAGUAUGGCAAUGCUAUACAUAUAGAAUAAUUUGUGUUGAAUUAUACUAUAAUUUCCCUUUGUGGCUGCAGCUAUAGAUACCUUGUUGACAAAAAACUAUAACAGGUACGAGGUAGAAUAAAUCAA